AUGGCCAUGGCGCACAAGAAAGGCUCUAAGAACUCCGAAUUAGUUUUCGGAGGUAAAUACAAGCUAAUGAAGAAGAUCGGGGCCGGCUCCUUUGGCAAGAUCUACCUGGCGGUCAACGUUUCCAACGGUGAGGAGGUGGCGGUGAAGAUGGAGUCCCAGAAGGCCCGGUCGCCCCGGCUGCUGCAUGAGAGCAGGCUCUACAAGGCCCUUCAGGGUGGGGUGGGCAUCCCCCACAUGCGCUGGUAUGGCCGGGAUAAAGGCUACAACGUGCUGGUCAUGGACCUCCUGGGCCCCAGCCUCGAAGACCUCUUCAAUUUCUGCUCCCGCAGGUUCACGAUGAAAACCGUGCUCAUGCUAGCCGACCAGAUGAUCAGUAGAAUCGAAUACGUACACGCAAAGAACUUCAUACACAGAGACAUCAAGCCAGAUAACUUCCUCAUGGGGACCGGCCGUCAUGCCAAUAAGCUAUUCCUUAUUGACUUUGGUUUGGCCAAAAAGUACCGAGACAACAAAACCAAGCAGCAUAUCCCCUACCGAGAAGAUAAAAAUCUCACCGGCACUGCCAGGUACGCCAGCAUCAAUGCACACCUUGGCAUUGAGCAGAGCCGCGGAGAUGACCUGGAGUCCAUAGGGUACGUGCUUAUGUAUUUUAACAGGACCAGCUUGCCCUGGCAAGGACUCAAUGCUGCAACAAAGAAACAAAAGUAUGAAAAGAUCAGUGAAAAGAAGUUGUCCACUUCUGUUGAGAGUUUGUGUAAAGGGUUCCCGGCAGAAUUUGCCAUGUAUCUCAACUAUUGCAGGGGCUUACGUUUUGAAGAAGCACCAGAUUAUUUGUACCUGAGGCAACUUUUCCGGGCCCUUUUCAAGACUCUGAACCAUCAAUACGAUUAUACAUUUGAUUGGACAGCAAUGAAACAGAAUAGUUCCCAGCCAGCAGCCUCAUCCAGUGGGCAGGGUCAGUAG